UAGAGCCCGCGUCGCCGGCCGGCGGCACAGCGCGGAGACUGGAGCCCUAGAGCCCGGCCUGGUGCCAACCUGUCCCCGCAGUGCCGGCCCGCGCCCUCCCGCCGCAGCCACUGAGCCGCUGUCUGUCCAGAGCCCCAACCUCGCCACCAUGAGAGUCCUGCUGGCGUGCCUGCUCCUCUGCGUCCCGGUCGUGAGCGGCUCCAAAGGCAGCCAUGAACUUCGUCGAGUGUCUGAUGCAUCGAACUGCGGCUGUCUGAAUGGAGGAACAUGUGUGUCCUACAAGUACUUCUCCAACAUUCGGCGAUGCAACUGCCCAAAGAAAUUCCAAGGGGAGCACUGCGAGAUAGAUACAGCAAAAACCUGCUAUCAGGGGAAUGGUCACUUUUACCGAGGAAAGGCCAACACCGACAUCAUGGGCCGACCCUGCCUGGCCUGGAACUCUAACCCUGUCUUUCUGCAAACAUACCAUGCCCACAGACCUGACGCCCUUCAGCUGGGCCUGGGGAAACACAAUUACUGCAGGAACCCAGACAACCAGAGGCGGCCCUGGUGCUACGUGCAGGUUGGCCUAAAGCAGAUUGUCCAAGAGUGCAAGGUGCCCGACUGUUCUGCUGGAACAAGGCCCUUCUCUCCUCCAGAACAACUGGAGUUUCAGUGUGGCCAGAAGGCUCUGAGGCCCCGCUUUAAGAUUGUCGGGGGAGAAUUCACCACCAUUGAGAACCAGCCCUGGUUUGCAGCCAUCUACAGGAGGCACCGGGGAGGCUCCGUCAGCUAUGUGUGCGGAGGCAGCCUCAUCAGCCCUUGCUGGGUGCUCAGCGCCACGCACUGCUUCAUUAACUACCCACGGAAGGAGGAGGACUACAUCGUCUACCUGGGCCGGUCGAAACUUAACUCCAAUACGCCUGGGGAGAUGAAGUUUGAGGUGGAACAGCUCAUCCUGCACGAGGACUACAGUGCUGACACUCUUGCUCACCAUAACGAUAUUGCCUUGCUGAAGAUCCGUUCCAGUGGGGGCCAGUGUGCGCAGCCCUCCCGGUCCAUACAGACCAUCUGCCUGCCCCCGAUGUACGGCGACGCUCAUUUUGGCACAAGCUGUGAGAUCACGGGCUUUGGAAAAGAGAAUCACACCGACUAUCUGUAUCCAGAGCAGCUGAAAAUGACUGUUGUGAAGCUGAUUUCCCACCAGGAGUGCCAGCAGCCCCACUACUAUGGCUCUGAAGUCACUUCCAAAAUGCUGUGUGCCGCCGACCCACAGUGGGAAACGGAUUCCUGCCAGGGAGACUCUGGGGGCCCCCUCAUCUGCUCCACCCGAGGCCGCCUGACUCUGACUGGGAUUGUGAGCUGGGGCCGCGGAUGUGCCUUGAAGGACAAGCCGGGCGUCUACACCAGGGUCUCACGAUUCCUGCCCUGGAUCCGCGCUCACACUGGGGAAGAGAACAGCCUCUGAGGGCCCCCAGGGAGCUGAGGGAGGAAACGGGCACCACCUACUGCCUCGCUGACCGUCAUUUUUGCAGUAGGGUCAUCUCCAUCAGCUGGAAGAAGAGACUGGGAAGACAGGCUCUGCAGAGAUGGUUUUUUCGCGCUGCCCGCCAGGGCGAGUGGCAAUUGCUUUAUCCUCAGACGCAGGCCUGGGUGCUGGCCGCCCAGACCCCCUGGCUAGGAUGGAGGGGGCGUCCUGACUCAGGAUAGUAUUGACUAGUCGUUUGUCUUUUUCUAGACUAAAGCCUUCAGGAGCUAAAAAUGGCAUCUCUUGUGCAUGGCUGGAAGGACAGUCAGCUCCCCCGACAAUGGGCAUUCGUGAGGCCCAUUGUUGAGAAAUGAAUAAUUUCCCAAUUAGGAAGUGUAACAGCUGAGGUCUCUUGAGGGAGCUUGACCAAUGUGGGAACAGCAGUUUGGGGACUAGAGACACUAAUGACUUGAGGGACAGGCUCUGACAUUGUACGAGUGUGUCAGGAAACAUUAUGUAUAUGUGUACCUUUGCACACUUGUGCACCGGCUGAGUGUGAGCGUGAGUGUGAGUAAGAGCUGGUGUCUGAUUGCAAGUCUAGAGAUUCCCCUAAACUGUAUGAACUGUGAUGCCACACAGGAUGGUCUGUCUGGAGAGGUUCUGCGUCACUCUCAGGGCCUUGGGUCCCCCACGUGAUGAUGCCUGUGAACAUAUUAUUCUGGGCAUGACCUGUGACCAGCACUUAAAUGGCUCGGUUUCACUGUCGCACAGAUGUUGCUUUCAUGGCCAGUUAUCCCUUUUUACCUUUCAGCCUCGUUCAUCCGAUCCUCACUGGGUGGGAUGAG